UUAACGAUUCAAGCAUGUGAUGAAAGUGACAAGAUGUUGGGUUUCAUUUACUUUGGUUUCGACGCGUUUAAUCAUUUAGGCAAGAAAAAAUCCGACGUAUUUAACACCAUCCAAUUUAGAAACAAGGAGCACGUGGUUAAAAAAAUGUUUACGGGAUGGUCGUCAAUAUUUUAUUUGACGGAAGAUGGAAGUUUAAUUCAUUUCGGAUUGAGUUCAGAAAAAACGGAUCCCGUUCUGUGUUCGUUGGAACACGAAGUUAAAAACGUGGUCUGUCAAUGGAAAUCCACAUUUUUAAUUAGUGUGGAUGGAAAAUUAAUGUGUUGGGACGAAGAUGAUUUUUCGUCGCCGCCAAAUGUAUUGAACGAACCAACGGAAUCGGUGUUUGUAACAGAAGUAGCUAUUGGAGACAUGCAUUCUUUAGCUCUUACUAAUGAUGGAACUUUAUUUUCUAUAUGUAAAAACAAGAUAGAAAAACUUCCAUUUAAUCUAGUUGUAAAUUCUGUUUGUUGUGGAAAAGAACAUGUUCUCUGUCUCACUGUAGAUGGAAAAAUAUAUAGUUAUGGAUUAGGAAGUCGAGGACAAUUGGGGCAUGGAACAACAGAAAAUGAAGAAACUCCAAGAGUAGUAGAAGCAUUAGAAGGAAUUCCAAUCAAGAUGAUAGCUACUGGAGGAUGGCACUCAGUUGCUCUUAGUACUAUAGGAGAUAUAUACGUUUGGGGGUGGAAUGAAAGUGGUCAGUUAGGCCUUCCAGCAAGUAUUUCGAAUAAAAAAUUAUCUGAAGUAGUGACAUUUCAAGCAAUUCCUCAGCUGCUCGACUUCCCGCAUGAUGCCAUUAUAAAAACAGUUUCUUGUGGAUCUAGACAUACAGCAGCUAUAUCAGAAGACGGACAGUUGUGGACUUGGGGUUGGAACGGGCACAACCAACUCGGUCUGAACAAGUUGACUCCAGUAGAUUAUCCCAACUGCGUACAGAUACCACCAGAAUAUAAAGUACAAAAUGUUAUUUGUAAUUAUUGGAAUACAAUUGUAGUUGUAUGAAAUUAUUUUGUUGCACAAAUAUUAUUUCAAAUCAAAUACAAAAUAAUAGAAGUGCCACAAGAAGAAUAUUUCAGGAAAGUAAGAAUGACAGCCAACUCUAGCCGGCUUUAGCCUACCACUGGAGGAUCUGCAGUUAAGUUGGACUGAAUCAAAAUGGAGAAUCCAGAAAUUUUUUACUGACAAUGGAAAAUUUUUGUUCUCAAUACAUUGCAACCUAAUGUCUCCAGAACAGUUUCUCUCAUUUCUAUUCUUCAGUAAGACAGACCCUGGAUGAUACAAUCUUGCAAUUGUCAAACUAUGCAACAAUUUUCUUUUACUUAAAACAUCCAAAGAUUAUAUAUAAUGUAUAAUCAACUAAACAAACACACUACGAAAAGACUAUUUUCUCUUCAUAGUAUUAUGAAUUACAUAUAACAGGGGUGCCCAGACUUUUAGCUGUAAGAGCCCUAGUUACCUACCUUGAAAAUAUUGGGAGCCACACCUAAAGUUCUUGGUAUAAAAAUAAAAAAUUUCAGAAUCAUAAUGUAUUUAUUUUGACAAUUUUUACAUAUUUACUCUUUCCUAGUUGAAGGUUAUGAAUUUAUCAAAAAUUAAUUUCAACAUUAUCAACCUGAUUGUAAUUAGAAAUUGAACUUCCUAUUACUUCUUUUAGAUGUUGGUUGGUUAACUGUGAAUAAAACUUCAAUUUCAUCAUUGAGUACAAUGACUCAACAUCAUAUGUUGAAGCAAAAAUUAACAGUAAACGAUAUGCUGCAUUCUUUAAAUUGUACUUAAUUAUUGGUAAACAUUUCCAAAAUUCAUUGAUUGAUUUUGCCGAUUUAUGUAACAUUUGGAGACCUUGAUGUUGCAUCUCAAUUAAUUCUAAUUUUCCUGAUACUGUUUCAGAAAGUAAUCAUUUUAAUAAUAUAAAAACAUUGUUAACCAUUUUCUAUGUAUAUUUAAACCCAAAGAAUUUUUCUUGGUAGAUGAUCU